AUGCAUACAAUGGACACAAUGGGCUAUGGCCACAAGAAGUACCGGCCUCCAAUUUCCCCCACAAACUUCUACCACCACGACUAUUACUCGCGGCAUAACACGCUCCGACCUCAAUCUGUAUUGCAGAGUGAAUACCGAUUUGCCGGCGGAGGUUAUCCGCGUGUGGCGACGAGCAGUGGUGGCAGCGGUGGCGGCUUAUGUUCUGCGGCACUGGUGGUAGGCGCACUGCUGGCUGCUGUGGCAGUACUCGCUGUGGCAGCACUUGCCUUCUACAUGGGUGCUCUCAGGCCAGACAAUGGCGAACCGAUAAUGACGUUCGAGGGUAACUUUCGCGUGACGCGCGGUGACGUGUACGGCGGAGUGCCAGGCAGCCCUGCGUGGAACGAGCGCGCGCGGCGGUACAGCGUAGCGCUAAGGCAGGCGUUCAACGCACCGUCCUCCCUUCGGCAGGCGUUCGUAGGAGCCGUGGUCACCGGCUUCGGCGACCGGAAACUCGAUGUCCACUUCAGACUGUACUUGGACAGGAGAAAAAUACCGAGCACCGUGUCUAAUAUAGAAGAAUCGCUUAAGAAUAUUUUAGUUCACGAUUUAUUAUCCAAACAGCCUUCAUUUGGCCAAAUAAAAAUAGACACAUCUAGCAUAGCGAUUAAAAGAGAUUUAGAACACACUAGCGCUGUCCAAGCUCAAAAGCUGAUGGAAGAACUUAACACAGAAAAUUACUUACUUGCUCAUAAUCUUACAAAUAAUGACGAAGAGGAUCAAGAAAUGACCACAACACCCGAUUUUGAAGGGUAUGAAACAGAAAAUCAUGAAAUGCUUGCUAGUUUGCCUGGAAAUAGUGAUGAAAUUAUACCAAAUAUAUCAACCAGUAACAGGUUUCCUAAAUCUAGCACUGAUCUUAAUACUCCCCAUAUGAAAGACCACUCGCCUAUAGAAAAGGCACAUAAUUACGACAAAGAAAUUCCAGAAGGUUUUAAAAUAUUGACGAAAACUUACCAUAAAACGCAACCUACGAAACAAGAAGAAAACCAUUUCAACAGCCCGGAAAAGAGUCACAACAAGCCGCAUACGACGAAGCCACAGAAGGAAAAGGAAAUAAUUAAAGAUAUGCCAAAAGAAGACGACUGUAGCAACGCCACGUCUUUCCGCUGUUUAACUGGGCUCUGUUUACCCGAUACUUCGAGGUGUAAUCGUCUAAUGGAUUGCCCGGGGGGAGAAGAUGAACGCGCUUGUUCUUGUGCCGAUUACUUGAGAGCAGAAUUUUCUCAAACGAAGAUCUGUGACGGUGUUGUAGACUGCUGGGAUUAUUCAGACGAAAACAAAUGUGAAUGGUGCAAAGAGGGCCAAUAUGUUUGUUCAAAUGCACGUCAGUGCAUAGACAUGUCACGAGUAUGUGAUGGAACUCCGGAUUGCCCACUUGGCGACGAUGAAAAGACUUGCGUUGCUCUUUCCGAUGAUAUUGAAGAUAAUGAAGUUGUACCGUAUAACGAAGAAGGUUUCGUUAUGGUUCGCAAACGCGGUGAAUGGGGUAGAUUAUGUGUAGAGAGUUUUGCAGACGUUGUGGCAGAAGCUCACAGUUCUUUGAAAUUACCAGAUCUUGGGAGGGCUGUAUGCCGAGCUAUGACCUUCAGCGAGUCGAGGUGGGCUCGCGAGGCCCGUGAGGGGCGUCGCUUGAGUUCAGCCGGCUACUGGGAGGUGUGGCACAACAAGGCAGCGCGCGCAGCUGAUACGCGCCUCACCUUCCGACGAGCCGAGUGCGCGCGACGCAAGGCCCUGCGCGUCCGUUGCCAUGACCUCGAGUGCGGAGUGCGGCCUCACGCUGAGGCCCAACAACCCAGGGAUGUAACUCACGAGCGCAUGCGGUGGGGCAGGGUGGUGGGCGGCGGCGGCGCGGCGGCGGGCGCGUGGCCCUGGCAGGCCGCGCUCUACCGCGACGGCGACUUCCAGUGCGGCGCAACCCUAAUCUCCGCGCAGUGGCUGCUAUCGGCCAGCCAUUGCUUUUACCAGGCGACGGAAGCGCAUUGGGUGGCGAGGCUGGGCGCGCUGCGGAGGGGCGCGUGGCCGCGCGGGCCCUGGGAGCAGGUGGCGCGCGUUCGCCAGCUGGUGCUGCACCCGAGAUACGCGGCGCGCGGCUUCCGCAACGACAUAGCGCUGCUGCGCGUGGAGCCGGUGCAGCUGCACGCGCGCCUCCGCCCCGCUUGCCUGCCGCCGCCGCGCGCCGCGCCCCCCGCCGGCCGCCACUGCACCGUCGUCGGCUGGGGCCAGCUGUACGAGCACGAGCGCGUCUUCCCGGACACGCUGCAAGAGGUGGAGCUGCCGGUGAUCUCGACGGCGGAGUGCCGACGGCGGACGAGGCUGCUGCCGCUCUACCGGGUCACUGAGGACAUGUUCUGCGCGGGCUACGAGCGAGGCGGGCGAGACGCUUGCCUCGGCGACUCCGGCGGACCACUCAUGUGCCAAGAAGGGUCUAAAUGGUACAUCUACGGCGUGACAAGCAACGGGUACGGGUGCGCUCGGGCGAACCGGCCCGGAGUCUACACGAAGGUGUCGAACUACAUCGACUGGAUAGACGGCGUAAUAGCCGCAAACACGCCCCACGUGAAUGACACGGCAUUCGGGGAAGCCCCCGAGUCAGCCGAAGACUUCUAUGUGGAUUUGCAGACGGCGGAAAACAGACGGAGGGCCGCCGUCGACACGUGUAGAGGCUUUCGAUGCCCGCUCGGCGAGUGCUUGCCCGCGUCGAGCGCCUGCAACGGCUUUCUAGAAUGUUCCGACGGCAGCGAUGAAUGGAACUGUCACGCCUUAAACACUACCAGCGUCGACCCAGAU